CGGAGGAUCGGACUAUUAGGUCUGAAAUGAUAGGAAAUUGAAUAUAUUUGACACUGCAAUUUAACUCUGUUUUAGGCCAUCUUAAAUCAGAUGUGGUGGUCGCAAUGUAUUCAUGCGUAAUCCAUGCGUUCAAGGGUUAGACACAUCUACGCUCCGGGUCAUCAUUCCCUUGAUGAGGCCUGUCUGUUCUCAAGUUUACGUUUUAGCUCGUGCGAUGUGCAGUCUGUCUUAAGUUGUGCGGCUCUGUCCAAGUAUAUCAAGAACCCUAACCCUCAAGAAAAAACUGCAUGGAGAAGGACUUUUUAUUAGAGCUGGAGGUUGAGAGGCUCUGAUCCGGGUGUGUUGUGGGUGACUGGACCCUCCGGAGGUGGGCUGGAGAGGGCACAUCAGGACCUAUCAACCCCACUCUGGAGAUACUUUACAUCGGGACAGAAAAGGGAAAGAGAACUGACCCGAUUGCUGGAAAUAAAACUCAAAAAAUGGUUCACUGUGCUGGCUGUGAAAGGCCCAUUCUAGACAGGUUCCUACUCAAUGUUCUGGACAGACCGUGGCACAUACAAUGUGUACAGUGCUGUGAAUGUAAAUGCAAUUUGACUGAAAAAUGUUUUUCAAGAGAGGGGAGAUUGUACUGCAAAAACGACUUCUUUAGGAGGUUUGGCACUAAGUGUGGAGGUUGCGCCCAGGGGAUCUCACCCAAUGAUCUAGUUCGGAGGGCAAAGAGCAAAGUGUUUCACCUCAACUGUUUCACUUGUAUGAUGUGUAACAAACAGUUAUCUACCGGAGAGGAACUUUAUAUACUAGACGAAUUCAAGUUUGUUUGUAAAGAGGACUACCUAAGCAGCAACGGAAAGGAGACUACUCUUCUCUCAGUCACGACCUGCAGUGACCCAAGUCUGUCUCCAGAUUCCCAAGACCCUCAAGAAGAUAGUAAAGAUUCAGAAAUAGGGCACCUCUCUGAUAAAGACACGUGCAACAAUGAAAAUGACGAGCAGAAUGUCGGCGGGAAACGACGUGGGCCGCGAACCACGAUCAAAGCCAAGCAGCUCGAGACCCUGAAAGCUGCUUUUGCCGCCACGCCGAAACCCACAAGACACAUUCGAGAACAGCUCGCGCAGGAGACUGGGCUCAACAUGAGAGUUAUUCAGGUAUGGUUCCAGAACCGGAGGUCUAAAGAGCGCCGUAUGAAGCAGUUGAGUGCGCUUGGAGCAAGAAGGCACGCGUUCUUCCGCAGUCCACGGCGCAUGAGAACGCUUGUUGACCGACUGGAACCCGGGGAGCUGAUCCCCAAUGGACACUUCUCCUACUAUGGAGAUUACCAGAGUGAUUACUAUGGUCCUGGAGGGAAUUAUGAGUACUUUGUCCCGGGGCCCCCAUCCUCCCAGGCCCAGACCCCCGCAGACCUGGGCUUCGUGGCCUCCUCCGGCCCUGCGGGCACCCCCCUGGGGUCCCUGGACCCCCACCUGGCCGGACACCACCCCCCCGGAGAGGUGCCCUGCUACACAGACAUCAUCUCUCACCACCCUGCGGACUCUCCGAGCCCUGAGCCCAACGGGCCCGGCUCGAUGCACAGCAUCUCCAGUGACAUGUGUGGGCCCAGCACCCCCUUCACCACGCUGUCGCUGAACAGCGGCUACAGCAACCAGCUGUCCCACCCCUCGUCUGAGAUGAGCGAAGGCACGGUCUGGUAGUCAAGAGCCUGCAGCCACACGGCACAAUGACCCGGAAUGAUUAUGUCCUGAAUUAUUUGUAUCCAUUUUAUUUAUUUAUUAAUCUAUUUAUUGUCGUUUUAUGUCAUAAAUUAAUUUGAUCCAUUGACAAUUACCUUUAAUGCUAUUGAUCUUUGACAUGUUUAAUGGCUAAUGGGUUAGGGUUGCUGUUAGCAGUUACAAACUCAAACUGCUGUUUGAGUGUAUGGUUUGUAUCAUAGCAACACAUGAACUCUUUCUACCUGGAGCUUCUUGUAGCUUUAACAAGUAUUUAAUUUAAAUGUUCUACAAAUUUUGUUUCUCUAUAUAAUUCAGUCUUAUUUAUUUGAGGUAUUUGUUAUAUUUAAUUUGACAAAUUAUAUUGCAAGUUCGCCUUCAAAAGGAGAACUUUAAAAAGUUGUAUAACCCUUUAGUUGAUAGGAAAAAACCUUGAAUCUUAAGAUGAGGUAAAUCUUUGAUAAAUGGUUGGAUGGUUUGGGGGUUUAGAACAGUCAGCUGUUUACGUACAUUCUGCAGUGACCACUUCAGGGGUUUGGAUAUCAGCAUUGUUUUAAACCUCUUGAUUCCAAUAGAAAGAACUCUUUCAAGCAACAAACCAAACUUUUGUAUCUAUUCUAUUUAUAAUAUGGUCGUUAUUCCUCACUGUGCUAGUUUGUAUUAUAUGUGUUAUGAAACCAUGUGAAAACACUCAUAGACAGUUUUGCCAAAUAAGGAUCACAGCACAAACCCUGUAAGUGAUUGCACCUCCUCUGCUGAACUUACUGUAGGAUGUGAAACAGCAUGUGAGCCCAGCAUUAUCAGGUGUGGUCUCUAAAGGUCAUCGUGUAGCAAGCAGGAAGGAAGCACAACUCUGAAUUGAACAGUCAUGACUUUUAUGUCUUUAUAUGAAAGCCAAAUUAUUAAACAUUGAUGGUCAAAUGUGAAACCAGCAGCUGUUUUUUUAAAUAUCGACUUCUUGUGAUGUAUUUAACUGCUCUGAUAAACCCAAGCCUAUAUGUGACCUCCAGUGCAUAUUAGACCAUUCACUGUACAAUAAAACACAUUGAAGGUGU